GAAACAAAAAGCAGAGUUUCGUUCUUUGUUAACGAAACUUUGAAAAUCUAGGGUUUCGAUCCUACGAAAUUUGAAAAUCUAGGGUUUCGUUCUUUAGUGAUCGUGAAAGGGACUGUGUGUAGUUUGAUAAGACUCGUUCUUUUUUUUGGUUCAAUAUCUUGUAUCUUGUAUUUUUGUUGUUGAUUUUGAUGAUACGUGAGAAUCGACUAGUCUUGUUAGAUUGAACAGUUGAAUUUUGUGAGAAGAGAAAAUGGUGUUGGUGUUGGCAAUUGGUGAUCUUCACAUCCCACACCGGGCUCCCGAUUUGCCUCCGAAAUUCAAAUCCAUGCUUGUUCCCGGAAAGAUUCAGCAUAUUAUUUGCACCGGCAAUCUCUGUAUCAAAGAAGUUCAUGAUUACUUGAAAAGCCUGUGCCCUAGCUUACAUGUCACUCGAGGUGAAUACGAUGAAGAUGCCCGUUAUCCAGAGACCAAAACACUCACGAUUGGACAAUUCAAACUUGGCUUAUGCCAUGGUCAUCAGGUUGUUCCUUGGGGAGACCUGGACUCCCUAGCCAUGCUACAGAGGCAGUUAGAUGUGGACAUCCUUGUUAGCGGACACACCCAUCAGUUUAAGGCCUACAAGCAUGAGGCUGGUGUUGUCAUAAACCCUGGGUCUGCCACUGGUGCCUACAGUAGCAUCACUUAUGAUGUGAACCCAAGUUUUGUGCUCAUGGACAUUGAUGGUUUGCGUGUUGUUGUCUAUGUCUAUGAACUCAUUGAUGGAGAAGUGAAGGUUGACAAGAUAGAUUUUAAGAAGACGGCCACAGCCACUACCCAUUCUGCAAACUGACCUGUGCUGCUGGUGGUAACUUUAGGCUCUUGUUUUCAUUUCUUUUUUCCAGUUUUUUUCUUCUUUGGAUCUUUCUAUUGGUGGUGUUUCUCGACCUAUUUAUCAAUUUUUAUUUUGUUAUACAUAUGGAUGACGAAAUUAUAUUCCAUAAUAAAUUUAAGUUUUUGAUAUUUU